CUCUGACAGUGCGGCGCUCCUGUCAGUACUGCCAUUAAAAUUGAUGCUGGAGUUUGUCAUUGAGCCUCUGGAAUGAGGUUUGAACCCAUGAUCUUUUGAGAUGGAGAGAGAAGAAAUACAAUGGCAUCUGCUUCCCUUGAAUGUAAAUUCUGUUUAACAACGGUCAUGAACAAUGAGUGUAUGUUAAUCACUAAAAUAAAACAAAGAACUCUCGAUUCUGAAGAACGGUCACUGGACUCAAAACGUCAACUCUACUUUCUGUCUGCACAGAUGCUGCUAGAUCUGCUGAGUUUCUCCAGCUAUUUAUGUCUAUGAAUGAGUGUAUUAAACCUUUGAAGUUAUGUUACAGGUUUUGGUUUUAUCUUCUUGCUGUCUUUCAGUCCUGUACAGAGCUUUUACGUUUCACAGUCACAGGCCUGUGGGAAGUAUGGAAAAGAAUCUUCAGCUGGUCAGAAAUAUCAUCCCUCCUUUAACUGAGAAAAAACACAAAGGACAAGAUGGAAAGAUAGGAAUUAUUGGUGGAUGUACUGAAUAUACAGGUGCACCAUACUUUGCGGCAAUUGCAAGUCUUAAAGUGGGUGCUGACCUUUCUCAUGUGUUCUGCACUAAAGAUGCUGCCCCAGUUAUUAAAUCCUACAGCCCAAAUGUGAUUGUUCAUCCUGUCUUAGACACUUCUAGUGGUGUGGAGGAUGUGGAGAAAUGGCUUCCUGCUCUGCAUUCAAUGGUGAUUGGGCCGGGUCUAGGAAGAGAUGAGAAAGUCUUGCAGAAUACAAAGGUUAUAAUGCAGAAAUGUCAGCAGCGAGGAAUACCCCUUGUAAUUGAUGCUGAUGGAUUAUGGGUGGUUGCCCAAGAUCCCUCUGUGAUCCAGGGAUACCGUAAAGCCAUCCUAACACCAAAUGUGGUUGAAUUUUUCAGACUCUACAAUGCGGUGCUCAAGAGUCCUUUCAAUGAGUGCGAUCAUUCGGGCAACUUGCUUCAACUAAUUCAAGCAAUGGGGAAUGUGACAAUUGUCCAGAAGGGAGAGAAAGACCUCAUAUCUGAUGGAACUACAGUAUUGGCGUGUUCACAGCAAGGCAGUGGUCGGAGGUGUGGGGGUCAGGGAGACCUGCUUUCAGGAGCGCUGGGGGUCCUGGCCCAUUGGGCUCUUACUGCUGGCAAUGAGGAAACAGAUGGGUUAAAUCCCACACUUAUAGCUGCAUUCGGAGCUUGUGCCUUGACAAGGCAGUGCAACCACCAGGCUUUCCAAAAACAUAGGCGUUCAAUGACCACCUCAGACAUGAUUGAGGAGAUCAGCACAGCUUUUAACAAACUCUUUGAGAGCUAAGGGGAAGAACUGGCUAUUGGAAUGGAAACUGAAGUGCAAGAGUUCACGUGGGCUGUAUAAGCUGCUGACAGACAGUUCCCCAGAAUUAACUCUCAAGUUUGUUGUUUCAAAAAAAAUGUCUAAGUGCAGCCACCCAGCUGCAGUUAAAGCACUGGAACUAGCAGGUUACAAUCUGCUGAAUACUACGAAUCCUAUCUUCUGAAUAAACACAUCAAAAUAACAGAAACGUUUUGAUGGUUCUAAGUAGGAUCGACAUUGGUGGUGUGGGGACAGAGCAGCAAGUCCAUGAUUAUAAAGCCCACUGGUCACAGUUACCACGCUUUAGCCCUCCAUGUUGGAUGAAUUGCUAAAGGGUUGAUUAAAGUUAUUUUCACUCCCUGAUCUAAAUAAAAACACAGGUUAUUCCUUUGAA